GCGCUGCAUGAUAUCUUUUCGCAUUGCCUUUUGUAUAGUAGAUUUUAUAACCUGAGCUUCUAACCACACUGAUGAAAAUGUCGCAGUAAAUGCGCCGUCCAAAACUAAAGCGCACAUCCCAUAUCUCAUCUCUGUGUCGCACAGCGUUACAUUGAGAGCAAAGCAUGCGAUGCGCCCAUCGUCCAUCAAGCAUGACGCUUGCGCGCACGCUGUCACCGCCCCGCCCUGGAUUAUCCACGUUUGGAUGCGCUGGCGCAAAAUUUAGGUGAUCGUGGUCAACAACAAAAAAAAAAACAGAUGCGACAAGGAAAGGCUCCAUCGACCGAAUCAGCGUUCGUCGCAGCCCAGCCCAAUCCAGCCUGGAGUUAUGAGACGAGCCUGGGCCGUGGUCACCUCAUCUCCAGAUGUCUCUCGGAUUUGUCUUCCAUGAGACUCCAAGGCUCCGCCAUCAGCGUCUAGGCUGGGACUAUCUGUGACAAGCGAGAUAGAUAAUAACUUCGAUAUCAAGGUGACAGGGCCUAUCAGAUUUGCUCUCUGCGAUCUGGUCCAUCAGCAGCAUGUCCAGGCGCCGCGCACAAAAGAUACGGUGUGUGUAUCUGUCACCUACAACCCUUGUUCACUUCUUAUCACCACCCACCCAACUCGUUUCUCUGGCAUGUGGCGUCGCUAGAUUCCCAUUGCGUACUUCGGACCUUUGCUUUUGUUUCUCGUGUCCAUGUGCCCAACGAAUUAGCCGCUAUUUGCACCCGUUGAGUCCCGUUCGAAUUCCGUCGCACAAAGUGGCACAGUCUGAUGCCAAAAAGGUUGCGCAGAGUCAUGAUGCGACUGUGUCGCGACUAGGUAGCUUGGAGCUCAGUAUAUAGAAGUAAAUUGAAUAUAGCAGUAGGAGAGGGAAUAAGGGAAAUUCAUUUAGUUACAUCGUGAUCGGGACGGUAUUUGGACCAACAAUCGCCACUGUACUGCUGUAGGGUUAUUUGCGACUGAGGUCGCAAUUUCAUGAGCUAUCACACCUGUAUGAGUCCAGCCGUUUUGUGUUUCGUCGCUCUUGAGGUACCUUGAAAUUACCAAGGUCAUCUGUAUUGGAAUUGUAUGCCAAUUACAUCUUACAGGUUGGC